GUUUCUGUAUGGGUGUGGUGAUCAGAUUGCUGGGCAAAGAUUGAGUCAAACCUUGUUUGAGUUAAUGUUGCCUGGCAUUACGAGGUAUCCAAAAACUGACCACAUUAACUGACAGAUUUUAACGUUUCAGUCACUGCAGGGGCCAUGUGUGUGAUCUGAAGGUGGAGGAUUUAAAGAAGCGAUUGGGAAGGCCGUGGACUUGCUCAGAAGCCGAGUUCAGGUGUCAGCUGGUUGUGUGGAGCGCAUCGUGGACUGAACACAUCAUCAGACGGGGACAAUGAGCGAACUGGAACAGUUGCGGCAGGAAGCGGAGCAGCUCCGGAAUCAGAUCCGGGAUGCCAGGAAAGCCUGCAGUGAUUCCACUCUGUCUCAGAUCACAGCCGGUCUGGAUUCAGUGGGGCGGAUCCAGAUGAGGACGAGACGCACCCUCAGAGGCCACUUAGCCAAAAUCUACGCCAUGCACUGGGGCACUGACUCCAGGUUACUGGUCAGUGCCUCUCAAGAUGGCAAAUUAAUCAUAUGGGACAGCUACACAACAAACAAGAUGCACGCCAUCCCCCUGCGGUCGUCCUGGGUGAUGACCUGCGCCUACGCCCCCUCUGGCAACUAUGUAGCCUGCGGUGGCCUGGACAACAUCUGCUCCAUAUACAGCCUGAAGACCCGCGAGGGGAACGUUAGGGUGACCAGAGAAUUACCUGGGCACACAGGGUAUUUGUCAUGUUGUCGUUUCCUGGACGACAGCCAGAUUGUCACCAGUUCUGGGGAUACCACCUGUGCAUUGUGGGACAUUGAAACGGGGCAGCAGGCCACCACCUUCACAGGCCACACCGGUGAUGUCAUGAGCCUGUCGCUCAGCCCCGACUUCAAGACCUUCGUCUCGGGCGCCUGUGAUGCUUCCUCCAAGCUCUGGGACGUCCGGGACGGAAUGUGCCGGCAGUCCUUCACCGGCCACGUGUCCGACAUCAACGCCGUCUGCUUCUUCCCCAACGGGAACGCCUUCACCACUGGCUCGGACGACGCCACCUGCAGGCUGUUCGACCUGCGGGCCGACCAGGAGCUGAUGAUGUACUCCCACGACAACAUCAUCUGCGGGAUCACGUCCGUGGCCUUCUCCAAGAGCGGCCGGCUGCUGCUCGCCGGCUACGACGACUUCAACUGCAACGUGUGGGACACGCUGAAGGGGGAGCGAGCAGGGGUCCUGGCGGGUCACGAUAACCGGGUGAGCUGUUUAGGAGUGACGGAUGACGGCAUGGCUGUGGCCACAGGCUCCUGGGACAGUUUCCUCAGAAUCUGGAAUUAACGUGCCCAGAGAGGGGGCCGAGGGGGCCAAGGGGGUCGAAGCGCACGACGCCCCACCCAGGGAGGAG